AGUUCCCACCUCGGGCUCUCAGUGGCCCGUGUCUUUAACGUAUAGACAUUUUAAUGAUUCUGUUUGAAUAUGUGACGAGCGUUGUUCUGUGCCCUCUGCUGUACUGUGUGGGAGAGCAGGGUCUCAUCUCACUGAGGAUUUCCGUGCAGUGUGUCGCUGACAAACCCCCAUCAAAAGGGUGAUCCAGACACGAGCCUGUCUCUCUGUAUUGUACGCUGGAGGCACGGUGUACCGCACGGAGGUCCUCUAAACUAAACGUUAGGGAUAUCGGUCAGCAAGUUCUACCAAGCUGUCGGUUUCGACAGCAAGGGCCCUCGUUUCCAUCGGACUUGUAUUAUGUAAGCUCGUACAUGUACUUUGAACAAACUUUCUCAACGUUACUUACAAUGCAUGCUACACACUUGUGCCGUAUUUAAAAAAGGAACCUGGCAAAUAGUUAUAGGCCUAUCUAUGGCUUGUGGAGACCUUGUUGCAUACCUACAUCAUAGGGCUAACCUCUGCUUCAGCUGACAACCACCCAACCAUGUGACUCGCGGUGUCGGAGCGUGCAUCUUCAGGACGUGCGCAGACGGUCAUAUAGAUCUGUGCCUAUAUAUAGAUCAAUAAUACGCGAUAGGAGGACUCAACUUUCUUGCUGUAGACUCCCCAUUGCUGGUAUCCCAACCGACCAUGCGCAAAAUUCACUCAGGGUCAGGGCUGGUCCAGCCUGAGCCACAGCGACACCCUGAGCCCACAGCCGGUCUCGCGCGCGGUCACCCGGAGCCCAAGGCCAGACGGCCAAACGAAGGCGUGGAUAUGGUGGACAGUUACCUGACCAGUCUGACGUCAACACGAGUCUCCUCAAUCCACUACGCUACUCUGGACGAGGACCGGAAUGGGAGUGUCGGACUCAGUUCUUUCCCCGCCUCAGACUCAGGCGGACCGGGGAAAGUGACGCGCUCGGCCAAACAUCAGAAACCCACAGACAUAACGACAGUGGCGUCGGCUUUGCCUGAAGUACCCCCGGAACUCCCAGGACUGAGCUUGAUCACGUGGGAAGAGUUUGUGGACGACCCUUCCUUACUGCACGGCCUGUAUAGCUCGGACAAAGAUGAUUUCAUUCACUUCGACAGCAGUCUAGUCUGUAACUUCUUCCACGACUCCAGAAUGGAGCCUCCAACACUUGGGGGUCCCUCGGGAGACGGAACGUCGUGCUGCCUGUCUCGUGGCUAUCAACCCCGGAGACGAACAUAUACGCCGUGUGCUACACCUCACCAUGUCCCGAGCCAUGGAGACUCUCAUGAACAGCCGGUGCUUCUGUAUAGAGAUUGACCUCAACGACAGCAUCCAAACGUGGUGCAACACGGUGCUACAGCUCAAGUGCUCCGUGCUAGGGGGGCGCAUCAUUCUCACUAACGGAGACGCCGUGGAAUCUUGCUGUGAUAUCGAAAGUCCUGCCAAAUGUGUUCUGUGUUUCCCUUGUUGGGCGUUCAAAAGGAUCAAAUAUAUGAUGGAGAGGCGGCGUCGCUACGACGACACGAGGAUAGAGUUCGAGACUUCCAACAUCGUGCUGUGCACCAAGUCAGAUACCCUCAAACAGUACUCAGAGGCUGCCCAGCUGACGAACGGCGAGCGUGUGAUCCGGCGCAACAAGAGCGCAGUGACCACGGCCACCCAGACCCUCCACGGCAGCUCCUCCUCCCUCCACAGCCAGCUCAGCCUGGAGGAGGUAGAUGAGCUGGCCCAGGACAAUGACGUAAUGAAGAGGCGAGGGGCGUUCUCCCCGGACGUCAGGGGCGAGCUCCCGGACACGGAACAGAACGACAAUGCCCGCCCCUUGGACGACAACAACAGGGACUCGGAAAUUACCUACUCCACAAAGCACGGAGUAGCCGGUUACGUGAACCCAGGUUUCAAAGCUGACACUGAAGAGCACCGAACACAGUCCACGGACACGUUUGACUUCAACAAACCAAGCAAAAAAGUGGAUUCUAAAGGCAAUAGUAAUAACAAUAACAACAACAACAAGAUUAAAAGUGUAAUGUUCAAGGAGGAAGUGGCUCCGCAGGUAUUUUCCAAAUCAGCUGAGCCAGAAAUGAUGAAGGAAGUGGAGGCUGUAGCGAGAGCUAAUGCUGCUACGACGUGCGGUUCAAACGACGGGGAGAAAGAGCCCAUCCCCAGUCCCCGCAGCGCUUUCUUGCUUCGGCCUGAUACGCCUUAUUUACAACCACCAAACAAGUCAAAAAACCCAAGCUCUGUGGCGCCCUUGUCUCCAAGAAAUAACAACGCCGUCUCAGCGAUCAAGAUCAAGUCUCCGCGCAGCCAAAAAGCGGAGGAGGUCAUCAACGAAAAAAUCGUGAAGCGCCAGAGGAAGAUCGGUGAGCUUCUCAAAGAUUUGGUCAUGUCGUCAUCAACAACGACCGCUGAAGCUGAAAGUGAAAACGGCGGCACCCAGGAGAGAGCCAUGUCCCCCGAGCUGGACCAAGAGGACGGGGAGUCGGAGGACGUGUCUCAGCCUGUGCCAACACACGGGCCCAACAGACCGGCUCCCGUCUUCCCCCCAGGAUCGACCGUCUCUAAAAAAGUGAAGCAGACCCCCGUCAAAGGCUGGAACGGGGAGAGCGAGACCGUCUUCCCUUACACAACAGAUCUCAUCAACUUCCCGGCGCUGUCUCCCGAGGUGACGGAAGCGGCCCUAGAGAAAUUCGGUGCCAAAAAGAAAAAGAACAAAGGGAAGAGCGUGAAGGCCAAGGACAUGCUGUUCGUGCCGCGGCUCAACAUCAGCACGGUAGAGCAGGACAGGAACUGUUUCUCCGACCAGGACAUCGCGGAUAGCGACAUCACAGACCUGGAGACGGAGCCAGAGAACGCCGUGUCCGACACAGAGGGAAUCACCUCCUCCCGCCUCCUGCCCGUCGGCCUGACCAGCGUGGCCCGGACAACUUCCUCCACCUCUGUUGAGAGCGAAGCCGGAGUAGUCAGAAACUUCAUCACCACCAAUAAUAACAACAGCAGUGACCUCGACACCGACCUCGAGAUCACAGACUGCGACGUGGAAGAAUCCCCCAGCGAGGUCCCUAAGAAGCCCAAAUUUCCCGGAAUUCUGCCCGGGGCUAGAGCGGCACAGGAGUUGCGUGGCUCGUCCGCCAAAAGUCGCAGCGCUCACGCCCGAGACUACAUCCCGCCGUCGGCGCAGGCGCGGAGGAGGGGCGGGAACCAGAACGACUCGCGGCGCCGGUACCUGGCCCUCAACAGCCUGAGGAGGAAGGCGUACAAACUGUCGCUGGCACAGACAGAGGAGCCACGGGGAGCCAGCCGGCCACAGUCAGCGGAACUGCUCUCCUACCACUCCCGGGCUCACGCCGUCACGGUCAUGUCGCAAGUCUGACACACUCACGGACACACAGGGACCAAACUGUGAAAUGUGUUGUUGGGGGGUGCUCAACUUUAUUACUCACUUUUACUUUUACUCUGGGAGUGGGGGCAGCGCUUUGUAAAUUGAGAAAAAGUAUUUUAUGUUUCAAAAUUUAUAGUGAAGCAGACCCCUUGAAGGAGGAAAAGAACAAGACCGAGCGUCCAUCCACCAUGAGUUCAGUGUGAAGGUUACACAGUAUGGUACGGGAAGUGCCAAGAGUACCACGUGUCCACAGCUUGACUGCUUUUUGAGACUCGAUUCUUGAACCACUGGGGAGAAGGGAACUGUCUUGUUUGUGGUUUGACUAGUGGGGACUUUCCCGAACGCGCGAUUGAUCUGUUACUUUACAAAAUAAGAUGAAGUAAUCCAUUUGCUCGGAAACCAGUCCACAUUAUCUGCAACCAAAGUAGUUUGAAUCUCAGGGAGGUUUUAAGAAUUGAUGUGGAUAUUUUUUCCUAUCUCACAAUGUUCAUCGACAUCAAAGUCAGACAAAAAAGUUGCUCUUUCAGACGCUUUUCUGAAGGAAAAAAACCCGGUCAGAACCAGUUUGAAAUACAUUUAUAUAUAUGUAACCGAGAAGGGUUUCUCUCUCUUCCUAGUCUACUUCAACUAGUGGAAAAAAAGGGUUUAAGAAACUCUCACAGAGUACUGGCCAGGCCAGGAAGAGAACAUGAGCGUUACCCAUGGAGGUUAUGGCGCUGCCCCACCUUUACUUACUGAUAAGGUUUGCAACUGCGAUUCGGCCUCCAACAAAGUGCAUGAACCUUUCACUCGUAUAUCAUAGUAUCUACAUGUGUACUUACUUACUUUACUUCAUCCGUCCUCUUGUACCUCAAGGGCGACGAGGGUAGACAGAGCUUUUGGUCUCAAGCAAGAUUGAUGGCCUGUCUGUGUGGAAUGUUGUAUGCUUUCAGGGUAUCCUUCACACCCUCGA